AUGCUCAAAGAUCGCUGGGGCUCGCGUAGUGUGCGGCUCAGCAAGGAAAACAUGCGUGCCUUUUAUGCGUGCUACCUGUGCCUGCAGACGGCCCAACGCCCCGUGACUUGCCCCGAAGGCCAUCUCUAUUGCAAAGAGUGCAUUCUAACCGAUCUAGUUCAUCAAAAGACGAAGCUUGCGGAGUUUUCUCAACAACGCGAGGACGCCUUGCGGUCCAAGGCACAGGAAGCACAGGCCGCCGAGCAGGAAGCGCAGGCUAAGCGGGUAGCCCAGUUUGCUCAAGGCGAUGCGAUCAUCACACAGAAGCGAAAGCUGGAUGACGAUGAAACGGAGACACGUAAGCGCAUGGCAGCGGGCGAGACACGUUCUACGCCUGCGUUCUGGCUGCCGAGUCAAGCGCCGGAGCAUGUCAGCAGUGCUGACAGCUCCUUGACGCUCGUGGACAACCGGGCGUCCACGACCAUGUGCACAGCCUCCUCCGAAAAUCCCCACAAGCUCCUUUCCAAGAAUCUAGUGGAUGUGUGCUUUCAUGAACGCCAAGUCGAUGGCGACUCGCAGCUCUACUGCCCCUGCUGCAAGAAGGAAUACUCACCCACUUCCCGAACGCAUGUACUCCGCUCAUGUGGCCAUGUGCUUUGUACCCCAUGCACAGAUACGCUCAUCCGCGCACCGCUAAAGAAGGGGGACACAUCAGCGUGCCCUGAAUGCAGUGCGCCCAUCAGAAAGUCUCGAGAUAUCAUUUCGCUCGUGCGCGAGGGAACGGGCUUUGCAAGUGGCGGCAAAGCUGAGACGCAUUUGAAAGGGAUUGCCUUUCAAGGGUAA